AUGGCGCUACCUCCAAAGUGGUACCAGUUCCUCAUCAGUGUUUUCGCCUCUCUGGGCUCAUACCUCUUUGGCUACGACCUCGGUGUCAUUGCGGAAGUUGUGGCCAGUUCGACAUUCAAGCAGAAAUUCGCCGCCGACGACACCCAAUCAGGCCUUGUUGUGUCCAUGUUCACUACUGGUGCCUUCUUCGGAGCUCUUCUCGCCGGCCCCUGUGGUGACUACGCUGGCCGUCGAUGGACCAUUGCAGUUGGUGCUCUGAUCUUUUGCCUUGGUGGUGGAUUGCAAACCGGUGCCGAGACCAUUGACUACUUGUGGAGCGGACGAUUCCUUGCCGGACUCGGCGUCGGCUUCCUAGUCAUGAUCAUACCGCUGUACCAAGCUGAAUUGGCGCAUCCAAGCAUCAGAGGUCGCAUCACGGCCCUCCAGCAGUUCAUGCUCGGCGUGGGUGCCCUAGUUGCCUCUUGGAUAUCGUGGGCGACAUAUGUCCAUAUUGCCCACAGUAGCGCUCAGUGGCGUGUCCCUCUGGGUCUUCAGAUCGUACCGGCUAUCUUUUUGGGAUUGCUUAUAUUCAUGUUUCCUGAAUCACCAAGAUGGCUCAUGGUCCAUAACAAGCCGGACCAGGCGCUCAAGGUUCUGGCCCAUCUCCAUGCUCAUGGCAACGAACAGGAUCCCUGGGUUAUGGCGGAAUACGAACAAAUCCAAUCUUCCAUUGCCUAUGAGCGUGACCACGAGGCGAAAUCGUACCUUGAAUUGUUCAAGUCCCGUUCAUCGUUCCGGAGGCUUUUCCUUUGCUGUGCACUACAAGCUUCGGUUCAAAUGACUGGUGUUUCGGCCAUUCAGUACUACUCGGUCACGAUUUACGGUCAGAUUGGUAUCUCUGGGAACGACACUCUCAAGUAUCAGGGAAUCAACAGCAUCAUUGCAUUGAUAGCGCAAUUCUGCACUAUCCUGUUCAUCGACCGAACUGGACGUCGUUGGCCACUUAUUUGGGGGAAUCUCGGAAACAUGGUGACGUUCAUCAUUGCGACCAUCCUCCUGGCCAAAUUCCCUCCAGGCAUUUCUACCAACCGCGGUGCUCAAUGGGGCUUCAUCAUCAUGACCUGGCUAUACAACUUCAGUUUCUCAUGCACAUGCGGACCGUUGAGUUGGAUCAUCCCCGCCGAAGUGUUCGACACGCACACCCGAAGCAAGGGCGUCAGUAUUGCGACCAUGACCAGUUUCGCAUUCAACACUAUGAUCGGCCAAGUCACCCCCAUCGCCAUGACCAACGUUGGCUAUCGAUUCUACUAUCUGUUCAUCGUCUGCAACUUUACAAACGCAGUCUUCUUCUGGCUCCUUCUGCCCGAGACUGCCCGCCGACCUCUCGAGGAGAUGAAUUACCUCUUCACGCACGCGCCUUGGAUCGUCGUGGGAACCACCAAGGACAGCUACGCCAGUCAUGACUUGGAAAAUCGACUUCAGGAAAUCACUCAGCAGGCAGAAAUUAAGCGGAGCGGAAGUGUCGCGCACGACGAGAAGGUCGCGUGA